AUGUUUUUCAUUCGUAAGCGGUACUUUGGCUUUUCCCAUGGCUUGGGCGUAUCGGGCACCAUCCAGAGGGGGCUAUUCAAGGAGGCCCCCAACUGCGCCCUCCAGAGGAGACCCUUCAGCACAAAAAACUUCUAUGAAAUCCUAAACGUCCAACGAAACAGCAGUAAGAAUGAAAUAAAGCAGGCAUAUAGGAAGCUGGCCCUCAAGUAUCACCCAGACAGGAACCCAAACAAUCGAAAAGAAUCGGAGAAAAUGUUCAGAGAAAUAACAGAAGCAUAUGAGACGUUAAGUGACGAAAAUAAGAAGCACAUCUAUGACAGUCAACUGAAUGGUGGUUUCUCUGGUGGCCACUUUCAUAACAACUACGCCAACACGAACGGCAGUGGUAAAACAAAUUACACUUACGAGACGAAGAGAAUGAGUGAUGAAGAAAUCGAGAAGGUCUUCAAGAAAGUCUUUGGCACCAUGAACCUUAAUGAUAUUUUUAAAUCGAACGUUUUUGGGGAGGGCAACUUCCCCUCGAGAGGGAUGGGGAACGAUUUCUUCACAAAUUUCGGAGUACCGGGAUCCUAUCGGAGCAGCAAUGCAAAUAUAAAACAGACGAACAUAAAAACGGAGAUCAUCCCGCGAGGAAAUAAAAUCAUCGAGAAGACGACCAAAAUAAUUACCUACCACGACGGGGUCGUCAAGCAGGAGAUCACGGAGCGGGAGAUAAGCGGCAACAGCAAAGAAUCCGACGACAUGUCAGACUUUGGUCUUUUCUAUAAAAAUAAUCUGAAAAACGCGCAUCCUCGUGUCAGUCCAAGUGAAUUCAUUGAUUAUUUAAAAAUCGGGAAAGGAAACCUCCUGGCGAGACAAGUUAUACGAUAUGCAUACGGGAUCAUCUCCAUAGCCACGAGAAGGAUCCUUGUGAAUUUGGUUAUACAAGUUGUUCGAAGGAUCAUACAAGGCGUCAUCCACAUGCUGCGGAGGAGGUGA